GUCGUUUUGUCCCCUCGUCCGACUCUUCGCUCUCUGCCAUUCGUGGCAGCCAGCUUCGCCUUUUGAAGAAAAGAGAAAAAGACCAAAAAAAAAACAUUAAAAAAUCUACCGCUGUACGCAGCACAGCUCGGGAAUUAUUACUCACCAAAUUUCGAGACCGAAUUGACGACUUCCUUCCUCCCAUUGAUAUUCGCCCGUCAUGGAGGCCGCACUUCACCAGUCCAAGGCCCUGUGCCCGUUUCUGAAGAACGCCUCCCCCGCCAAACUUCGCGCCCUGUCGACCUCGGCCCGUCCCCGGGCUCCUGCCUCCCCCUGCGGCGGCACCAUGUCCAAGCUGCAGCUGCUUGCUCACCGCUGCCCCAUCAUGGGGAAGGCCCUUACGGUCCGGUCGGGUCACCAUGGCCUCGGUGCCGGGUUUCCCGGCGCCUCGCUGGUCGCAGGCAUUCGGGCCAUGAGCGGGCACUCCAAGUCGGCCAAGGCCAAGAUCCAUACCAGCAGCGUUCAUGAGGCUCGCCCUGUCGAGAACGUUGAGCCGACCCUGGUCGGUGGUCGUGAUACUACUGUCAAGAUCCCCCGUAGCUUCGCCCCCAUUCGUCCCGGUGAAUCUGCCAUCUUGGACGCUGCCAAGGUCAAGUUCAAUUAUGACGCCUUUUACGAGCACGAGCUCGGGAAGAAGCACAAGGACAAGUCGUACCGCUACUUCAACAACAUUAACCGUCUGGCCAAGGAAUUUCCUCGCGCCCACAUGGCCGAAAAGGACCAUCACGUCACGGUCUGGUGCGCGAACGACUACCUGGGCAUGGGCAGGAACCCACAAGUCUUACGCAGGAUGCACGAGACCCUAGACGAGUACGGCGCUGGAGCCGGUGGCACGCGGAACAUUUCCGGCCACAACAAGCACGCCGUCGAGCUAGAGGCGACCGUCGCCAAACUGCACGCCAAGGAGGCCGCCCUGGUGUUCAGCUCCUGCUACGUCGCCAACGACGCGACCCUGGCUACGCUCGGCAGCAAGCUGCCCGACUGCGUCAUUCUCUCCGACAGCCUGAACCACGCCUCCAUGAUCCAGGGCAUUCGCCAUUCCGGCACCAAGAAGAUCGUCUUCAAGCACAACGACGUGGCCGAUCUCGAGGCGAAGCUGGCAUCGCUCCCCCUUCAUGUGCCCAAGAUCAUCGCCUUUGAAUCCGUAUACAGCAUGUGCGGCUCCAUCGGGCCCAUCGAGGCCAUCUGCGACCUCGCGGACAAGUACGGAGCCAUUACCUUCCUCGAUGAAGUGCACGCCGUGGGCAUGUACGGCCCGCACGGUGCCGGCGUGGCCGAGCACCUCGACUUUGAAGCCCACCGCCAGGGCCGGCCCAGGGGCACGAUCCAGGACCGCGUGGACAUCAUCACGGGCACGCUGGGCAAGGCGUACGGCUGUGUGGGCGGCUACAUCGCCGGCAACGCCAAGUUUGUCGACAUGAUCCGGUCCCUCGCGCCCGGGUUUAUUUUCACGACGACGCUGCCGCCGGCCACCAUGGCCGGUGCGCAGGCGGCGAUCGAGUACCAGAUGGAGCACGCGGGCGACCGCCGGCUGCAGCAGCUGCACACGCGGGCGGUGAAGGAGGCGCUCGGGCAGCGGGACAUCCCCGUGAUCCCCAACCCGUCGCACAUCGUGCCCAUCCUGGUGGGCAACGCCGAGCUGGCCAAGAAGGCGUCCGACAUGCUGCUGCACGACUACCAGAUCUACGUGCAGUCGAUCAACUACCCCACCGUGCCCGUCGGACAGGAGCGGCUGCGCAUCACGCCCACGCCGGGCCACACCAAGGAGUACCGCGAUCAGCUGGUCGAGGCCAUCGACGAGAUCUGGACCAAGCUCGACAUCAAGCGGACCUCGGCCUGGGCUGCCGAGGGAGGGUUCCUCGGCGUGGGCGAGCCCGAGGCGGCGGCCGAGAAGCCGCUCUGGACGGACGAACAGCUGGGCAUCGCCGAGGCGAAGAAGGAGAUCAAGGCCGCUGCCGACUACGACGACGGCGUGGGCGUCAUCGACACCUUGCUGGACCGCGAGGCCCGGGCGGCGGCUGCUCAGGGCGUCGAUGCCAGGGCCAGGGUCAGCGCCUGAACAAUGAACUUUUUCCGGGUGGUUUUUUUUUUUUAGGGUUCGUUGACAUUCAGGAGAGCUCACCCAACCCAUCGCGCCCAUCCCGGCCAUUCCCACACAUCACGUUCCUUGGAGCGGUCAACGGCCCUGCGGUAUUGAACUUGCUAGCGGCUUCUCUUCGUAUCUAUCCUCUUGGCCUAACUUCUUUUUACUC